GGUGAAACACCAACAAAGGCUGUCAUGGCUGACGACGAGCCGCAGCCCCUUAACUAUGUCCAAGAGACAGUGUUGAAGAAAAGAAAAAACAAUGAGGAAUGGGUUAUCAAGAAAAGGGAGCGAUUAGCAGAGCGAAAGAAAAGUAAAGAAAGCUUGAAGCCUGCCAUUAAAAGGCCUGAAGAGUUUGUCAAAGAAUAUCGUGACAAAGAGCUGGACUUUGUUCGCAUGAAGCAGAGGCUAAAGCUACGGAAAUCUUCCAAUGAUGCCAUAAAGUCUAAGUUACUUUUUGUUAUUCGCAUCCAUGGAUCAAAGGAUAUGCAUCCCCGGACAAGACAAAUCUUAAAUAAGUUGCGGUUGAGACAUAUCUUAAGUGGUGUAUUUCUGAAAGCCAAUGAAGCAAAUUUGAGAAUGCUUCUGACUGUAGAACCGUUCAUUACUUAUGGUUAUCCUACUUUGAAAAGUGUGAGGGAGCUUGUUUACAAGAAGGGCUGUGGAAAUAUAGAAAAGGAGAGGACUCCUCUUACUGACAACAACGUCAUUGAGCAGGCACUUGGGAAGUAUGGUAUCAUCUGUCUUGAAGAUGUCGUGCAUGAGAUCGCCACAGUGGGAUCACAUUUCAAGGAGGUUACCAGCUUCCUGUGGCCAUUCAAGCUUAAAUGCCCAGAACGCAGAUUACAGAUGAAGAAAAAGCUCUACAAGGAGGGUGGCGAUGCAGGCAACCGUGAAGAUCACAUCAAUGAGCUCAUUGAUAAGCUGAACUAAGAGGGAUGAGCUUGUGGUGGUCCAUGUCAAGCAUGGAUGACAUCAAUUAAACUAGUUUUGCCAGACUUUUUUGCUUUUUAUGGCUUGGAAAAGUAUUUAGUGGAAAUCAGUAAUGUUGUAUUCCCCGGCAUCUUUUUGUUUUCUUCUUUUAACAUCAAAAUCAUAAUCGUCUUGUCUUUUUGACUCUUUUAACAUCCUCAAUAGAUUCUUCCACUCGUCAUGUUCAUAAUUUUGUUUUAAUGAUCAUCUUUUUUCA